UUCCCCCGAUUGCCCGCCGAAUCUUCCGCUUGUCAGGCCCUCGUCAGUGAACGGAUCCCCAUCAUGCCGUACAAAGUCCGGAGAUUACUGGUUGAGCAAUUCUGGGACGGCCCAAUCAACAAGAGAGAUACGAUUCUCAACGACAGGCGUAACGAUCAUUGCUUAAUCCGCCCUUAUCUCGGCCGCCGGAGGACAACAGCCCAGCCAGGGGAACCAGAGACCGCACUUGCAACCGGAGAACCGCGGCGGAGGACCCUACGCAAUUAUCCGCUUCAUGUCGAUCAGCUCGAUGCCCUCGGUCUCCCAGCUCAGGAAUAUGCCAGCGCCAUGGCGGACGCUUUGGCAUUCUUGCUCUGGGAUGUGCAGAUUGACGCAUGUGAUGUUGAGUUUGUCCCCGCCCAACCACGCGCUUUGGAGAAGGCGAAACCCUUCCACCCCAAGAUCGUCACGGUUCUGAAACUCGUAACUUUUCCUCCCGAGGUACUUGGUCCCCAUGUUCUAUGGAUUCUGGAUUUUGAUUGCUGCCGACCGCUUCCCAUGUCCAUUGAGGGCAUCGAACGGGCGGCCGAGUGCUUUUGGCGUAAUGAUCCAUUUUACCCUAACCCGGGCGCAAAGUUUGAGAGGGACAUGGCAAUUUGGGAAGUGUUCAGAGAUAGAUUCUUGAGCACAAGUGCGAGGAUACUGACUUUGAGGGACGAGACAACCCAGAAACUCCCGGGCCAAUUCAUUUCUAGGGUUGUUGAGACUGUUGGAAUGUACUCCAAAGGUACUACUCGAGGAACGUAA